AGGAGCCCGCCUGCCGCCUGCCAAGCCCAGUGGUCCUGGCCGUGCGCCGGAGGCAGCGGCGGCGUGGCGCAGCGGCGACAUGGCCGUUGUCUCAGAGGCCGACUUUCAGCACAGUUCAAACUCCACCUACAGAACCACAAGCAGCAGUCUCCGAGCUGACCAGGAGGCACUGCUUGAGAAGCUGCUGGACCGCCCGCCCCCUGGCCUGCAGAGGCCUGAGGACCGCUUCUAUGGCACAUACAUCAUCUUCUUCAGCCUGGGCAUUGGCAGUCUACUGCCGUGGAACUUCUUUGUCACUGCCAAGGAGUACUGGAUGUUCAAACUCGGCAACUCCUCCAGCCCAGCCACGGGGGAGGACCCUGAGGGCUCAGACAUCCUGCGCAGGGAGGCAAAGGCUUCUCCGACAAAUGCCAAGAUGAGAUGUUGCCAGCUGCCCAGCUGUGCCCUUCUUCUUCAGGGGAGCAUCAGAAACAAGAAGCGGAACUACUUUGAGAGCUACCUUGCCGUUGCCUCCACCGUGCCCUCCAUGCUGUGCCUGGUGGCCAACUUCCUGCUUGUCAACAGGGUUGCAGUCCACAUCCGUGUCCUGGCCUCACUGACGGUCAUCCUGGCCAUCUUCAUGGUGAUAACCGCACUGGUGAAGGUGGACACCUCCUCCUGGACCCGUGGCUUUUUUGCGGUCACCAUUGUCUGCAUGGUGAUCCUCAGUGGUGCCUCCACUGUCUUCAGCAGCAGCAUCUACGGCAUGACCGGCUCCUUUCCUAUGAGGAACUCCCAGGCGCUGAUAUCAGGAGGAGCCAUGGGCGGGACGGUCAGCGCCGUGGCCUCACUGGUGGACCUGGCUGCAUCCAGUGACGUGAGGGACAGCGCCCUGGCCUUCUUCCUGACGGCCACCAUCUUCCUCAUGCUCUGCAUGGGACUCUACCUGCUGCUGUCCAGGCUGGAGUAUGCCAGGUACUACAUGAGGCCUGUUCUUGCGGCCCAUGUGUUUUCUGGUGAAGAGGAGCUUCCUCAGGACUCCCCCAGUGCCCCUUCAGUGGCCUCCAGAUUCAUUGAUUCCCACACACCCCCUCUCCGCCCCAUCCUGAAGAAGACGGCCAGCCUGGGCUUCUGUGUCACCUACAUCUUCUUCAUCACCAGCCUCAUCUACCCUGCCGUCUGCACCAACAUCGAGUCCCUCAACAAGGGCUCGGGCUCAGUGUGGACCACCAAGUUCUUCAUCCCCCUCACUGCCUUCCUCCUGUACAACUUUGCUGACCUGUGUGGCCGGCAGCUCACUGCCUGGAUCCAGGUGCCAGGGCCCAACAGCAAGGCGCUCCCGGGGUGCGUGCUCCUCCGGACCUGCCUCAUCCCCCUCUUCAUGCUCUGUAACUACCAGCCCCGCGUCCACCUGAAGACGGUGGUCUUCCAGUCCGAUGUGUACCCCACACUCCUCAGCUCCCUGCUGGGGCUCAGCAACGGCUACCUCAGCACCCUGGCCCUCCUCUACGGGCCUAAGAUUGUGCCCAGGGAGCUGGCUGAGGCCACGGGAGUGGUGAUGUCCUUUUAUAUGUGCUUGGGCUUAACACUGGGCUCAGCCUGCUCUACCCUCCUGGUGCACCUCAUCUAGGAGGGAGGACACGAGGACAUUGGUGCUUCAGAGCCUUUGAAGAUGAGGAGAGAGUGCAGAAGGGCUGGGGGCCAUGGAGGAAAGGCCUAGAGUUUCGCUUGGGGACAGAGAGCAGAGCACACUCGGGUCUCAUCCCUCCCAAGAUGCCAGUGAGCCACGUCCAUGCCCAUUCCGUGCAAGGCAGAUAUUCCAGACAUAUUAACAGAACACUCCUGAGACAGUUGAAGAAGAAGUAGUACAAAUCAGGGGUACUCCCUUCACAGCUGAUGGUUAACAUUCCACCUUCUUUCUAGCCCUUCAAAGAUGCUGCCAGUGUUCGCCCUAGAGUUAUUACAAAGCUAGUGCCAAAACCCAGCCAUGGGCUCUUUGCAUCCUCCCAGCUGCGCUCAUUCCAGCUGGCAGCGAGAUGCAAGCAAAUGCUCAGCCCUCCUUACCCUGAAGGGGUCUCCCUGGAAUAGAAGUCCCCCUGGCAUGGUCAGUCCUCAGGCCCAAGACUCAAGUGUGCACAGACCCCUGUGUUCUGUGGGUGAACAACUGCCCACUAACCAGACUGGAAAAUCCAGAAAGGCCUUCCAUGAAUGCUUCAUUCCAGAGGGACCAGAGGGCCUCCCUGUGCAAGGGAUCAAGCGUGUCUAGCCUGGGUUUUCAAAAAAAGAGGGAUCCUCAUGACCUGGUGGUCUAUGGCCUGGGUCAAGAUGAGGGUCUUUUAGUGUUCCUGUUUACAACAUGUCAAAGCCAUUGGUUCAAGGGCAUAAUAAAUAGUUGAGUAUUCAA